AAGGCUCAGGUGCAGUGCUACUCAGAGGGGCAUUGUCCAAAUGGUCAACCGACAUUGAAUAUCGGCCAGUUUGAUGCAGCUAAAGAGUGCUGUAUUAUUGGUGAAGCUCUCUCCUGGCAAUCUGGAGGAGAACCCUGUGCAGCAUGUUUAAUUUAUGGGUGGAAAGAGACGUAUUCCGAGGCAGGGAUAGGUGACACAGUGACUCUGACUGUUGGCACUAUCAAGGGGUCACCUGAAGUCAGAGUUAUUCUUGGUGUGGAAUACAACAAUACUGAAGUGAGUGUGGGUGCUACUGAUUUCGACCCACCCAGACUCAUAUUGGCAGCUGAGGAUCUGAGUUUACAAGUGACAGUGUUGGAUGAUGGUCAACCCCUGCAAGAAGAUAAGAACAUCACGCUAACACUAGCAAAGAUAGCAGGGGGGAAAAGUUCUGAUAUCAUUGUCACUGAAGCAAUAAUCGCAGUCCGAUCACAAAAGAUCCCAGAUUCUCUUUCUUGCACUGCUACUGGAUUGUCAGAAGUAGCUAUAAAUUGCAGUGGGGUUGAACCAGACACUUCUCUACAGUGUUCAUUUAGUGGUGGACCACUUCACUCAUGUAACGUACCAAUUCUACUGACAAGUAAUGUCAGUCCUCCUGGUAGCCGGUUUAACGUGACAAUAUUGGCAAGUACUGGAGGUGAGGACACUGUGACGUACGACAUAACAAACACCAAAACUGAUGUGUCAGCCAGCGUGCCUCCACUGGAGGUUGUUCUAACUGGUGGUUCACCUCGUGUGACUGAGAGCUCUGUGGAGGCUGAGUUUGUAACCACCAGACCAGUGACUGGAGUGAGGUGCUUCCUCAGAUAUGAGAACAAGAAUGAUUACAAAGACUGUUCUUCUGGUAGUGUGUCCUUCACAGGACUGAAGCCUGGACGCUAUGUCCUAAAGAUCUUUGCCUACAACAAGCUAACUGAUGUGGCAGCUAUCAAGAGAGUGGUUAAUGUGUAAUCUUUUAACAGAGUGGAUACUAUUAUUUUUCUUAAUGCUGCAGUACUGUGUCUAUAGAUAGCUUUAGAACAAAAAAUGUUUUUCUAUGCUUCUACAUAAUACAUAAACAUCUCCACUGACACAAUAAUUUGCUCGUAGUUUCACAUAAAAGGAGCUCUUAACAAUUUUUCAGCCGAGACAUAU